AUGCAUAUCAUCAAGACUGUAGCACACACUCAGGAUUAUACAGUAUUUUUAACUGAUAUCAUGACUCACGAGUUAGUGGAAUAUAUUCAGGAUCUUGUGUGUCUGUAUGAGGGGGGGGGGGGUUUGGGGGGGGGGGGGGGGGGGAUUUGGGGGGGUAGGGGGGGGGGGGGGUGGGGGGGGGGGUCACAGAUAUUUGUGAUAUAUGGUGGAACUUUGGCUAUGAGGGUAAGAAGUGUCUGGAGAGAAGGUGGGGGAGAAUUUGGUAACAUUGAGGUGGAGUCAAUAAAAAUGAUGUGA